AUGAAUCCAAGAUUACGACUUGAUGAUGAACAAGGCGAACCACUUGAUGAUCCUUCUCCAUAUCGUCAAUUAAAUGGAAGAUUACUCUACUUAACAUUAUCAAGACCCGACAUCACCUAUGCGGUCAAUAACCUAAGUCAAUUCAUGGCUAAGCCUCGCACCCCUCACCUACAAGCUGUCCACCACUUAAUAAGAUACCUUAAAGGCAGUCCGGGACAAGGCCUCCUCUACACAACUACCUCCGCAUUGAAUCUUCGAGCCUUUUCAGACUCUGAUUGGGCCUCUUGCCCCACUACAAGAAGAUCAACCACGAAUUUUUGUGUCUUUUUAGGAGACUGUCUCAUAUCAUGGCGCACCAAAAAGCAACCUACAAUAUCAAAAAGUUCUGCUGAAGCAGAAUACCGCGCCCUUCCUGCCACGGGAAGCGAACUUACUUGGCUCUAA